AUGUCAAUUAUUUUGCUCCAAUUUAUCAUAAUUUUCCUACAUGCUUAUUACUGUAACAGUUUACAAACGAAAAAUGAUGACCAACAACUGUGGGAGAUGGCAAGAAAAUCGUUGGCUCAAAGAACUCGCGAAUACAUCAAAGACCAUCCAAUAAGUGAAGAUCUUCAAUCGUUUAUCGACGAAAUAAACCACUCGAAACGAGAAAAGAGGCAAGGCAACAUGUACGCUAUAAAAAAUGGAGAUGUAGUUCCUCUGGAACAACUGGAAGAACAGUUCAAUACCGAAUCUAAUUUGGGCCCAGGCUUUACCGUAGUGCCGCUUCUUAUACCUAUUCCUCUGCAGAAUACUGUCACCUUAAAGAAUCGAGAUACAACAGAAAACAAUGAUAAUGAUGAUCCUGCAUUAUGGAGACAAAAAGGAAAUCACAUGAAGCAUUACUUAAGUGCGAACAAGGACGAUGAUGAUAAGCAAGCAGUAGUUAAUAAUUUGGUUGAAGAUAAACUGAAAGCAACCAGUAGUGACCCUUCUGUCGAUUUGAGUAAAGUUUUAGCAGACGUACAAAACUUGAUCAGUGCACAAAAGAAAUCAAACAGCAUGGAAGGUGCACUCUGUAAUGUUUCUGGAUUUUGGAAUAGCCAAUCAGGAGGUAAAAGGUUUCACAUAAAAAGGUCGCCAGAUGAAGUGAAAAUCACUAUGCGAUCCACAGAACCGCCCACUGAAGACGGUUUCAUUAAAAACGCUUGGAAUAUCUCAGCCGAAAUUCCGUUUGCCCAGGCAGCUCAAGUUAUUAUUAGACUAACUGCGCAUAAAGGCAAAAAAGUUGCAUUAUUUUUGGGUGAAUGUCGAGUUUGUGAUGGAAGCGAAACAAUCACUGGCGAUUGGCUAGUAAGCCGUAUUUCUAAUAAUUGCAAAGAUCAAAAGGCUGCUCACUCAUUCAUUUCCGACGUGUUUAGGAAAGAUAAUACCGAAACAUUGAAAAAAGCACAUUUGAAAGUUUUAGCUUCUCUUACAGCACAUCCUACUACUUCUACUGAGCUGAACGAUAACUUUUAA